AUGGAUUUCGAGUGUGGUUUUGAGGAGUACGAAAAUGACUAUAAGAGCAAUGGCUUGGACGAUUCUCGAGCAAUCGACGAAGAUUUGUGUCCUGAGGCAACAGAGAUUCUGAGACGAGAACUGUCUGGUGGUGCACAAGGCGAAGAAGAGGACGAUGCUGAUACCAAAAAAGCAGCAGCUGAACGUGAGCGUAAGAAGGCUGAAGUACGACGUCGUUUGGAGGAAGCUGGCCGUGCUAAAAAGGCUAAAAAAGGUUUCCUGACACCAGAACGUAAGAAGAAACUUCGUAAACUGCUGAUGAUGAAAGCAGCUGAGGAUUUGAAACAACAGCAAAUGCUACGUGAACAAGAACGACAACGCAUUCUACAAGAACGUAUCAUACCACUGCCCGAUCUCGAUACGGCUGAAGAUGAUGAACUUGAGCAAAUCGCAAAAAAUAUGGUCGCAAGACUGAUGGAACUGGAAAGUGAGCAUUACGAUAUCAAUUAUACGGUGCGUCAGAAAGAUUUCGAAAUCAACGAGUUGACGAUUGCUGUUAACGAUCUACGUGGCAAAUUUGUGAAGCCAACGCUUAAAAAGGUCUCGAAGACUGACAGCAGAUUUGAUAAGCUGAAGAAGAAGGAUCAGAAUAAAGUUGACUUCAGAACGAAUCUUAAGAAUAUUGACACCAAGAAAUUCGCCCUUGAAGAGGUAACUGAUAAAAUUAUUAAUAACAAUAAUGAGAGUAAGUAA